AUGGGAUUGGGCUUUGUCGGCCCGAUCGUAUGUGGGUUUCUUAUGAUGGCCAGCGUCCUCCAACAAAUUGGCGAGGCUUUGGGCGACACAGAAUCCCUGAGCUGGCUUGUUGGAGGCUGGACCAUUUCGUCUUCAGUUGCCUUUUCCAUGGCAGGUUCAGUGAGUGAUAUUCUUGGCAGACGAUACGUGUUGUUAUCGGCGCAGGUUUUUGCAAUAAUAGGUUGCAUUAUUGCCGCGACCUGUACCAAGACUCGGACUAUGAUCGCCGCGGAAGUACUCAUAGGAUUUGGAUGUGGUACUAUGUUCACGUCUUAUGCCGCCAUCCAAGAGCUUCUACCCAAAAAAUAUCGGGGUAUCGGAAUUGCCUGGACCGAACUUCCAAACAAUUUACCCUGGGGGUCCCUUUCGGUGAUUAUAGCUCUUCAACUCACCGUCCAUGCGUCCUGGAGAUGGAUAUACUACAUUGGCAUUAUAUACAGCACCAUCAGUCUUGUGGGAAUGGCGUUAUUUUACUUCCCUCCACGCCCUCAGAAUGACUAUGACAAGACUAUAUGGCAGGAAUUAUUGAGCCUCGACUACAUCGGCUUGCUACUCUACACCGGCGGAUUGACAACAUUCCUCCUCGGUUUCACUUGGGCAGGGACAACCGAACAUCCGUGGAAAAGUGCUUCGGUUAUUACACCAAUCGUGACGGGGUUUCUUGCUCUCGUGGCUUUGAUUGCGUACGACGCUCUAAUACCGGCACGUCCUCUCUUCCCGUGGCCGCUUUUGAACCGCUUCCAAGACUACACUGCUUACCUGGUUUUGCUCUUCGUUGCUGGCAUGGUAUUCGUCACAUUGACUUCCAUGGCACCCGUCGUCAGCCUUUAUCUGUUCACUCACAAUCCAAUGGAGAUUGGCUUGAUCUCAGCGCCCUACGGAUGUCUCCUAAUCGUUUCGGACACUAUUAUACCAGCCUUGAUACACAAGAUUGGCCACAUCAAAUAUCAGCUUUUAACCCUGAUCGUCAUCCAAACACUCUUUAACGCUCUAUACACAGUGGCCAUUCCCAAUAACAGAGCAGCCUGGAUAGCUUUCCUCUGUUUAGGCACUCCACCAUUUACAGCAAUUACCGGACUUUCCUAUGUUGCAGCGAGCCUCAAACUAACUCCCCAGCAGCUUGGCACCGCUAUGGGAUUACUUGGCACAGUCCGGAAUGGGGGUGGAAGCGUGGGCAAUGCCAUUUUCCACACCAUCUUGACCAGUGUGGUAAACGGGCGGUUGGCACCUCGAAUUUCCGAGGCAGCUCUUGCACAUGGAUUUCCUGCCGCACAUUUGGCAAAACUAAUACCUGCAACGCUCGAAGAUGGUGCUGGAGUUCCGGGGGUCCUUGCUGCUGUGCCUAGCAUGUCGCCGGAGGUGACUGUGGCUGUCAGACAAGCCUUCAAAGAUGUCUACACAUACGGCUUCCGGGCGGUAUUCUACUCCACUAUACCGUUCGGAGUUCUAGCCAUCAUCUGUACGCUAUUUAUCAACGAUCCUUCCGACUUGCUCACCAACCAGGUCGAGGUGCGCAUGGAGAAGCACGUUCUCAAUCAAUCCCUAGACCAAAGGACCCUUAGUAACGGCCAACACCGUAGAAAAAGUGCCAAUGGAAAGCAAGGCCUGAAAUAG